CGUCGCAAGUCCAAGGAAAAACAUCGUUCUUCGCUCUGUACGAAAACUCAUCGCAGGAAUUUCAAAAUCUGCUAGACAUUCGUAAAAUCGGAGAGAAGAGGCAAGAAGACAAAGAUUCAGCGAAAAAUUCGAGGGACUUUUUACCCUUAGAAGGAUCUUAAGACAAAAAUAUUAUGAAGUAAAAAUAUUAAAAAAAACACCGGUGCAGUGAAAAAGCAACAAACGAAAAUUUGUUUCGCUAAGAAGAACUAAGAUAAAAGUUUAUGAAAAAGGGCGCAUCGAACAUUGACGAUUAUUACGAGGGGACGCUCUGCCCACAUACGGGCAUUACGCAACAAAAAAAUUCGCAACAUCGAGAAGAACGAGAAGAGAACAAUAGACGAUAAAAAAAGUACAAUUACUAAGGAAUUUCAAAUAAAAGGGAAGAGAAGCACAAACUUUCAAGAUGGCCAGAGUUGCGUUGGCGUGGCUGUUGUGCGCCAUGAUGGUCCGCACCUCCGACGCGUUCACUAGGGGGGCUGUCACCCAAGCCUACGUCAUCGCCGACGAUUCGGAUGAGCUUUACGAUGAUGAUCACCUUGAUGAUUUGGACGAUGUCGUCAAAAAUCGGUUUAAUAAUUUACAUGACUAUUCUUCGGAAGAGGUAGCGUUGGUUUACAAAGUUGGGGUUCCCAACAUCAACAACUUAGGAGGUUUCCUUGCAGGUUCAAAUGUUUACUCAACCGCCACAGGGAGGUUGCCUGACGCUCCCAACCACAACCAGCAACCUGGAUUUGGUGGACAGUCUGCAUUGGGAAGUGGAUUUGGUGGACCACCUGCAGGAGGAAGUGGAUUUGGUGGACCACCUGCUGGAGGAAGUGGAUUUGGUGGACCACCUGCUGGAGGAAGUGGAUUUAGUGGAGCGCCUGCAGGAGGGCAGUUACCAAGUAGUGGAUUUGACGGACAGACUUCUGGCUUUGGCGGCGGACAAUCCUCGGCCGGAUUUGGAGGUCAGACCAGUGGAGGGUUUGGAGACCAACCUGGAUUCGGCUUCGACCAAUCAGGACCAAAUUCAAAUAGUGGAUUUGGAGCUGCAGGAUCAGGCUCUGGCUCGGCAGGAUUUUCUCCUCCCAAAUCCAAGUUUGCUAAAAAAUUAGGACAAGAAUAAAGAGAGAAUUGACCGUCAAACCGCACCGUCUUGUCCAUCUGGUGGCACUGUCUUGACCAUCAGCAUUUAUACAUAACUAAAAUCUUUGGGUUUUGAGUGUACCAGCGUAUCAAUGUGUAAGAUAAAAUUUAAAGGUUUCAUCCCCUCACCCUGAAAACUUUUUGGUUAUAUCCAUUACAGGUUUUCAAUCAAGAAUGAUGUCAGAUUUAAAUUUAACAUUUUCAUUAAAAAUUAAAUAUUCAAAACUGGGUAGAUAAGCAAUGAAAUGUACCUAGGUUACUUAUGUUGCAACAUUUUCUCUGUAAAGACGAUGCGGUGGGUAUGCGCUGAAAAGGCAAUGUAGUGAGCACAGUAAAGGCGAAGUAGCGUGUGCAAUACAGGAGAUGUAGUAAGAAAAAUAAAGACGACAUAGUGUGAAUAGUACCGGCGAUGUGUAUGCAGUGCCUUGUGCACAGUAAAAGUAAUGUAAUGUUAAGAGAAACAUUUAUAUUCCUUCUUACUCAUACUUGUGUUCUUCAACUCACACAUUUCCUGUCAUGCGUUAGCAUUUUGGUUUCCUGCGUUGGAAGUACCGCAGGAUAUGGUACGACCGCAAGUAAAAUUGUAAACUUGGGUUCGAAUGAAAAACAUCCUACUUUUAAAUGUGAAAUUCUCGAAUCAAAUGCUCAACUAUUCCUUCGUUCUAACAAUCCUUCUUAAAAAAUGUUUCCAUGUAGGAAGGAAUUUUAAAGAUGAAGAAAAAAAU